AUGCACAACCUAGAUAGGGCCUUAAAGGAGUAUAGAAACAACGAAUUAAUAGCUGACUUUAAGUCUCAGUGCUCAGAGCCAGUGAUGAUUACCUCGUUGGAGGUAUAUGAAAGAUCUGCAUCAUGUUAUUUCACUCGAAACAUUUUUAAGAAAAUUUGUAAUGAGAUUCAGAGGGUAGGGGCUUUGAACAUUAAGGUACUAAGCAUAACCUUGGACAAGGUAGAGUUCAGUGUGACUGCUCUCGAAGACCCGGCCAAAGAUCGACGGGUGAAACUCGAUAGAAGUAAGAAUCUAUUCUCGUGCUCGUGCAAGCUGUUUGAAUCACGUGGUAUUUGCUGCAGUCAUGUUUUCUGUGCCACGAAGUUCGAAAACAUACUUGAAUUUCCAGAUUCGUUGAUCUACAAAAGGUGGACAAAAAAUGCAAAGAACGAAUUUAUUAGCACAGAAAUACCCGUGAAUGAUGACGUCGAAAGGGUGUUAAAGUUUCGAGUUGGUGCAUUGGCAUCGAAUUGCAACAAGCUGUGUGAUAUUGCUUGCAAGGAUCUUGCAGACUUUGACGAAGUCCAGUCUGAACUUGUGAAGUUAGUUAUCCGCUUGCAGUCACGCAAACAAGGCAAGUCAACUCCUAAUGUUGACGUGGAAGGCAUCAACGAUCCCUUUGUUGUCAAAAGCAAAGGUGCCCCUUCGAAGAGGUCUUCUUGGAGGAAGAAGAGAGCAUGCUCUAAUUGCCACAAGUACGGUCAUUACUACAAGCGCUGUCCAGAUUUGAUGCAGCAUAGUGUGCAAGGUAACCCUUGCGAUCGAUCAGAGACCAAUGCAUCAGCCAAGGACUCAGGUUUUAGUCCAGAAAGGUUUGCUAAUUCUUCGAGGUCGUUCUAA